AUUCUAGAGAUCCUGGUGCGGGUGGUGGUGGAGGACAUGGCGGAUAACCAUGGCGACCAGGCCUCGUCCCUGUGGGCCAAGAUCCAGGAGCUCCUGGGUCGCGUCACGUCCUGCCACAGCACCGACGCUGAGAUCUGGCCUCACUACACCCUGCUCUAUGGAGACGGACAGAGCAUCAGGCCUGGGGACAAUGAGAAAGUAGGCCCCCCUAACAUUCCCCUAACGUCCCUUGACAUUUAGCUGUGCAAACACCACACAUUAAAUAUACUUACUGUAUGUGCUUGGAGGGGUGGUGAAAAGGUAAUUAUCGUAAUGGACUUUGCGCUUGUUAACAAGCUAUUUAUAGGCUCAUUAGUAACUGAUAUAGGCAUUGGUAACUAGUGGUGUUGCACUUAGCCACACAGUGAUAGAUGGCUCCUAUUUGUCAUACGCAGUGGGCUGUUGAUAAGACUGUUUUUCAAAUUUUAUACAAAGGCCACAUGUACAGUGGGGGAAAAAAAGUAUUUAGUCAGCAACCAAUUUUUCAAGUUCUCCCACUUAAAAAGAUGAGAGAGGCCUGUAAUUUUCAUCAUAGGUACACGUCAACUAUGACAGACAAAUUGAGGAAAAAUUCCAGAAAAUCACAUGUAAGAUUUUUAAUGAAUUUAUUUGCAAAUUAUGGUGGAAAAUAAGUAUUUGGUCACCUACAAACAAGCAAGAUUUCUGGCUCUCACAGACCUGUAACUUCUUCUUUAAGAGGCUCCUCUGUCCUCCACUCGUUACCUGUAUUAAUGGCACCUGUUUGAACUUGUUAUCAGUAUAAAAGACACCUGUCCACAACCUCAAACAGUCACACUCCAAACUCCACUAUGGCCAAGACCAAAGAGCUGUCAAAGGACACCAGAAACAAAAUUGUAGACCUGCACCAGGCUGGGAAGACUGAAUCUGCAAUAGGUAAGCAGCUUGGUUUGAAGAAAUCAACUGUGGGAGCAAUAUUAGGAAAUGGCAGACAUACAAGACCACUGAUAAUCUCCCUCGAUCUGGGGCUCCACGCAAGAUCUCACCCCGUGGGGUCAAAAUGAUCACAAGAACGGGUGAGCAAAAAUCCCAGAACCACACGGGGGGACCUAGUGAAUGACCUGCAGAGAGCUGGGACCAAAGUAACAAAGCCUACCAUGAGUAACACACUACGCCGCCAGGGACUCAAAUCCUGCAGUGCCAGACGUGUCCCCCUGCUUAAGCCAGUACAUGUCCAGGCCCGUCUGAAGUUUGCUAGAGUGCAUUUGGAUGAUCCAGAAGAGGAUUGGGAGAAUGUCAUAUGGUCAGAUGAAAACCAAAAUAGAACUUUUUGGUAAAAACUCAACUUGUUGUGUUUGGAGGACAAAGAAUGCUGAGUUGCAUCCAAAGAACACCAUACCUACUGUGAAGCAUGGGGGUGGAAACAUCAUGCUUUGGGGCUGUUUUUCUGCAAAGGGACCUGGACGACUGAUCCGUGUAAAGGAAAGAAUGAAUGGGGCCAUGUAUCGUGAGAUUUUGAGUGAAAACCUCCUUCCAUCAGCAAGGGCAUUGAAGAUGAAACGUGGCUGGGUCUUUCAGCAUGACAAUGAUCCCAAACACACUGCCCGGGCAACGAAGGAGUGGCUUCGUAAGAAGCAUUUCAAGGUCCUGGAGUGGCCUAGCCAGUCUCCAGAUCUCAACUCCAUAGAAAAUCUUUGGAGGGAGUUGAAAGUCCGUGUUGCCCAGCGACAGCCCCAAAACAUCACUGCUCUAGAGGAGAUCUGCAUGGAGGAAUGGGCCAAAAUACCAGCAACAGUGUGUGAAAACCUUGUGAAGACUUACAGAAAACGUUUGACUUGUGUCAUUGCCAACAAAGGGUAUAUAACAAAGUAUUGAGAAACUUUUGUUAUUGACCAAAUACUUAUUUUCCACCAUAAUUUGCAAAUAAAUUCAUAAAAAAUCCUACAAUGUGAUUUUCUGGAGAAAAAAAAUCUCAUUUUGUCUGUCAUAGUUGACGUGUACCUAUGAUGAAAAUUACAGGCCUCUCUCAUCUUUUUAAGUGGGAGAACUUGCACAAUUGGUGGCUGACUAAAUACUUUUUUUUCCUCACUGUAGAAGUUGGUCGAAUUGAAAGAAAAGCUACUAAAGUGUGACUUUGUCCUCGUGUUUAUUGGCCAGUUAUAGUGUUCACACACUAGGUUGUUUUUCAAUGUUAGUUUGAGUUUGCUGAAACUGUCUGCUGCUAGGAAGACAUAGCAGUCUGAGAUUUGUUUUGAUCACAGACAAGCGAUUGCCCAAGUUACCACGGUAAUGAUUGUGCUUGAUUGAGCAUGGGUCACUCCUUUUAUUCAUGAACUUUUUGUAAUUUCUUAUCAUUAAAACACUUAUACUUUAAUUGUUCUCCUAGAUUUAUUUGUUUGCUCCUACAUUUCUACUUAGGAGCAAAUCAUGUACACCUUGUAAAAAAUGUCAGCAUAGGGCAGGGCCUAAAACUAACUUUUUUGUAUACCAGCCACUGUAAAACACAAGAGCAUGCUUAGUUUCUAAAACAAGAAAUGUAUUACUAGUAAGAAGUAAUGUUGUGUAUUGCUCGAUUUAAUCUGAGUCAUGAAAACUAAACACACAAAAAUGCUCACAGCCACCCUAGACAGGCAGUGUUGCUGCGCAAGGUGGGAUAUGUUAACAUUAGGAUUCAGAUUUAUUUGUGCAUUACCAAAUAUGAAACAAAAAGGCAGAAAUACUUUGAAAACAGCUACUGCAGCAUUUAUUUUGCUAUAAGUCACAACUUGCACUUGUGCCCAUACUUGACUAUUUUUUUAUGAAAUGCUCGUACUGUAUAGCCCUGAGUGUGACCACCUACCAACGUGGCUGGUGAAUUGGACAUUCUUAGGGAGUGAAAGUUAUUUAUAAUAAGGGUUACAUGGAGAGAAUCGGACCUCUGAAAUGAAAAUGGAUGGCCCUCCCUUCAGCAAAAUAUAUUUUACCUAAACCCUCCCUGAACCCUUGAAAAAAUACAUUAACCCUUCCCUAUACCCAAAAUAAUAAUUUAAACAAAGUGGAUAGCAGAGAACAUGUCUACCAUUUACCCUCACUUAUUGGACAGACCAGAGCCUUAGAUAUGCAGUUUUAGAAACUGUUCUUCGUCCUGUAAGCAUUACAUGGCAAUGCAGGAAUUUUUAUAGAGCACAGGGCUGCGGGCCAGAAGGUUGUGGGUUCGCAGACCACCGUGGACAGGAGUAGGGGUGGAAAGAUCUCCUUAAUAGUAAAAGCAUUGCAUGAAUCUGUCAUUGUAUUUACAGGUCAGAGAAAAAUUUUCAUUUUUAUAAAAAUGUCAUGCAAUUCUUCGUCAUUUUACAUAUUUGCGGAGUCUUUUUUAAUACCGUACAAAUUACCGAAAUGUACAGGCAAAGAAUGGAUAUAGAGAUAGGUCUAUGUGUUAAUCUUAUCAUAUUUCUCCAAUGCCAAAUCAGUGUGUCUUGUUUGCAACGCAACUGUCCCUGUUUGCAAAUAAUUCAAUCUGAGACGUCAUUAGGAAUCUACCCCAGACAGAGUAGGCCUACCGAUGCAGAAAAAUGUAAGCUUUAACUGCUGGCUACUCUUCUUCCAUGGCUUAACCCAAUGAGAGAAGGUCACAAGUGUUUCCCUAAAAGCUGUCUGGGUUUAAACAUCUUCUAUUGUACAGAAAGGGAAUAGCUUAAUUUUUUAAAAUUUUAGUCAUUUUAGCAGACGCUCUUAUCCAGAGUGACUUACAGGAGCAAUUAGGGUUAAGUGCCUUGCUCAAGGGCACAUCGACAGAUUUUUCACCUAGUCGGCUCGGGGAUUAGAACCAGCGACCUUUCGGUUACUGGCACAACGCUCUUAACCACUAAGCUACCUGCCGCCCCGAAUGACAGAAUUAGAUUACUUCCCAAGCAAAGUCAAUUGUUUGUCUCCUCUGCUAUAGAAGGUUGUAGCUAAACAAUGAUAUCCCCAUAUGCAUCGGAGUCAUGUCUUUCCCGGGUAUUUUACAGCUUGUUUGUAGCAUAAAGCAUCACGGACCAAAGCGCUGUUAUAUAAUUGGAUCUGUUUUAAGAUAGCAAGGGGUAGGGCUUUUUUGUGUGCUUUUUGCCGUUUUCUUUAAUUAAUGGUAAGCCUAUGGCAUAUACCCCCUCAAUUUGAGUCUUGGUUUUUUAACUUAAGAGCCCUUCACUGACACGGAGGUAGGCUAUUUAAAGAGUGCAUGGUGAGUGGAAGAUUUUACUGACAAAUCUAUGGAUAUAGCAGCCUAUAGCCUAAUUUCGUCUGUCAAACAGGUAGGCCUACUUUUUAUUUCUUAAAUAGGAAGAAAUAGGCUCCAACACAAACCCUUCUUGUUGUUAAAGUCUAAUUAAAAUGAAGAUAAUUAUCAGUAAGUUCCCUAGGUCGAGCAGUACAUUUCAAACACUGAUUCAACUACAAAGAACAAUAAGAAUUUCCAAUGCCUCGUAAAGAAGGGCACCUAUUGGUAGAUAACAACUAAUAAACAUACACCCAGUCACUACAAAGAUACAGGCGUCCUUCCUAACUCAGUUGCCGGAGAGGACGUAAACUGCUCAGGGAUUUCACCAUGAGGCCGAUGGUGACUUUAAAACAGUUAGAUUUUAAUGGCUGUGAUAGGAGAAAACUGAGAAUGAAUCAACAACAUUGUAGUUACUCCACAAUACUAAGCUAAAUGGCAGAGUGAAAAGAAGGAAGCCUGUACAGAAUACAAAAUAUUCCAAAACAUGCAUCUUGUUUGCAAUAAGGCACUAAAGUAAAACUGCAAAAAUGUGGCAGAAAAUGUGGCAAAGAAAUUAACUUUAUGUCUUGAAUACAAAGUGUUAUGUUUAGGGCAAAUCCAACAACACAUCACUGAGUACCACUCUUCGUAUUUUCAAGCAUGGUGUUGGCUGCCUCACGUUAUGGGUAUGCUUGUCAUCGGCAAGGACUAGGGAGUUUUUUUUUAGGAGAAAAAUAAACGGAAUAGAGCUAAGCACAGGCAAAAUCCUAGAGGAAAACCUGGUUCAGUCUGCUUUCCAACAGACACUUGGAGAAUAAUUCACCUUUCAGCAGGACAAUAACCUAAAACACAAGGACAUUGAAUGUUCCCGAGUGGCCAAAUUAAAGUUUUGACUUAAAUCGGCUUAAAUGGGCUCCCGAGUGGCGCAGCGGUCUAAGGCACUGCAUCUCAGUGCUUGAGGUGUCACUACAGACCCCCUGGUUCGAUUCCAGGCUGUAUCACAACCAGCCGUGAUUGGGAGUCCCAUAGGGUGGCGCACAAUUGGCCCAGCGUCGUCCGGGUUUGGCCGGUGUAGGCCGUCAUUGUAAAUAAGAAUUUGUUCUUAACGGACUUGCCUAGUUAAAUAAAGGUUAAAAUAAAAAAAUAAAGUAAAACAUUUAAAAAAUAAUCUAUGAUCAACAACCAACUUGACAGAGCCUGAAGAAUUUUAAAAAGGAUAAUGUGCAAAUAUUGCUCAAUCCAGGUGUGCAAAGCUCUUAGAGACUUAACCAGAAAGACUCACAGCUGUAAUUGUUGUCAAAGGUGAUUCUAACAUGUAUUGACUCAGGAGUAUGAAUACUUAAAUAAAUGAUGUAUUUCUGUGUUUCAUUUUCAAUGCAUUUGCAAACAUUUCUAUGCAACUAAUUCUAAAACACUGAGAAAUAUUGAAGUUUCAUCAAUUACAAAUUGCAUGACCCUCCCCUGGACUAAUUUAAAAAAUACUAAACCUUCACCUUGGCUGAAAUUUAAAAAGCAUGACCCUCCCCCAUUUUCCUCCAGGUAACCAUUCUGUAAAUUUCGAUCCAUCCCUUUACCAGCCAAUGCCAAAAUCUACCCACAUUUGGCAGGUGGUGGAUGUUAAUUUUAGGCCCUGGUAGUCCUGAAUUAUAAUAAUAAAUAAGCCAUAUCACUCAGGCUUUUGUGGCAUGGUAGGUACUUUGUUGAUUCUUGAUGUUCAGUCGUAGAACUGUUUAUCUGUUUUUACUAUUGUAUCUGAAUGAUUUAUUUUAACAUUGGUUAAAAGACGCAGGUCACAAAAAUGAAAGGAAAUUAAGCAAUAUACCCCAUUUACUUCUUACUAGUAGUACAUUUCUUGUUUUAGAAAAAUCAAAAGCGUUCUCAUCCCUUUUUUAAAUAAAUUUUUUUAUUAUAAUAGUGGUGGCAAAAAUAUUUUGGCUGGUAAAAAAUCUGAGUGGCUGGUAGAUUUUUGUAUCUACCUGCCACAGUGGCUGGUGGACCAAAAAUGUAAUUUCCCAGCCUGAUCAUGUCCUAAGUGUGACUAGUGAGUUGUGACCCAAUAACCCUUAGUCCUGGCAUGUUAUUUGUCAUUCCACUAGUCUUUCCACUGCCAUUUCCCCCUCCCAUAGGCCAGUCAUGCCACAACGAUGACUUCUGUUAAUUUUUUUAUUCAUCAAAUGUGUUCAUUAUAAACCAGAUGGCUUGAUGUGGCCAACAGCUUGGUCAGGCUUUAUGGUAUGUGACAAUAAUUGUUUUUCUUUAAAUGGUAGCCCACAGCAUUUCUAUGUGUUGGGGGGAUAAUUGUUUUUAAUGUAUUUUCUUGUGUGUGUCUGUUUGUGUGGUAGGCGUUGCAUUUCCUGUCCAAGGCCCAUCGCUGUGAAGUGCAGGCCAGCGGCUGGGAGAAAGACUCUGGGACCUUCAAGGAGGUUAUAAGGAGAGCCAUAGAUCUGGCCUACGGUGAGUGUCGCACUCCCUACCCCUACACACACACACACCUCAUCCCACACACACACACACAGACGUUUCUCCGACACACCCUGCGGCACACGUGACCGCAGCAUGUUGGUGGAGACACACGGAACACUCAUCAUGCUUAAUGUCACGUCUCCUACGCGUCUUUGCGUCAGGCCGCGCGGGGAGAAGAUAUGAUCGAUGGCAGCCACGAGAAGAGAAAAAAGAAGACAAACAAUCCGUCUUACCCCACUGCCCUCUAAACGCAAUCCCGAUCCAAACAAUUACUCUACGAGUUAGUGUGGAGGCAAGGGGGUUGGCGGGUGGAGAGGCGAUGGAGACAGCAGGCAGGAUGGAGGAGAUUGUCCUAUAGAAGAACUCCAAUAAAGUUGUUAAUCUCGAAAAUCCCCAGGUUUUUCAUUACAGCCGGAUGCUGUGUUGAAUUAAACAUCAGAGGGAGUCAGGGCGCCAGGGGCAACAAGGGAGGAAUAGCAAUGUGCCUUCUCCAGCACAUCUCUGGCGUUGAUGCUGUCGCUAGGGCUCAUCUUCACUCAAGUCACACACCUUGUCCCCCAUCCCACACAUACACCUUACACCUCACACACACAGGCUGUGGUGUGACUCCCCAAACCCUCCCACAUGCUGCCCCUGUGUCCUUCAGAAAAGCACCAGAGAGCUGUUGAUCUUAAUGAUUUAUAAAGAGAUACAGGUUUAGCUAAUUGAUCAGAACCCACCAAGCCCCCUCUACCACAGCCCCCUCACUCAACUCAGCUUUGUAACCUCUAUGAUGGGCCUGGACACUGCAUCCACAGAGUUCAGAAGAGAGGGAUGCGAAAAAAGAAAGUGAUGAGAAAGAGGAGGAGGGUAGCGCAGAAGAGGUCCUCAUCCAUAAAUCAUGCUGUUUUGACCUUCUGUGCUGUCGCGGCUGAAGAAGACCAUACAGGGGAAAGGUGUAGCUCAGAUAGAAUAGAAGAGACCACCGCUUGUUUUCCCUUGCUCAUGUGCGAGAGGGAGAUAAAAGGUGUCGGGUAAACACCAAGACAAAAGACACUGCGGCGAUGGGGAACUAGCCUAUCAAUAUCCUCACUGGUCUCAGGAACAUGGCUUUGUGUUGGUAUGUUUCUCAAAGCAGCAUAGAAUAACAUAUUCUUCUGAGCUUUAUUCAUCAUUUUGUGUUGUUCAUAGCUACCAUAGAUAAGGUAUUUGUUGAUAUUGGUACAAUUCUACAAAAUAAAUGAGUGGUGUGUCAUCCUGCUGAAUGAAUAUUCACUGUGAUGUCCUCUGAAAAAGUAAGUGGAGGCGUUACAGAGGACAUUUUGAUCAUGUUAUCUCAGACCGUGAUCACAGGAGUGAUUAAACAGGCAUUGUGGAAAAAGGUCUCGGUCUAAUGAUUUAUUUGCAAGCUGCCAGGCCUGUCACGGCGGGGGUGAGCGGUGAAGUGUCUUCGGCGUAACGAGAUGAGACCCACUGAACAAAGUCUCUGACUGCAGGCUUGAGAAAUCACCCUGAGGAAGGUGGAGCCCUCAUUAACCAGUCCCAGGAGAAAUUACUCCUCUCCUCAACCUCUCCAAACAUGUGCAGUAUAACUAUAUGGGACCUGUUAGUCAUGCAUAGGUCCAUGGUGCCACAGUGUCUCACCAGGGCAGCCAGGGCCAUGGCCCCUGGACCCCGACCCAGAAACCCCUCAUCUCUCCCUCUAGCAAUCACUCAUUUUAAUACACAUACCUUACUAUUUUUUUAUUUUUUAUUUUUUUAUUUAGGGGGUAGAUCAGAUUUAAUAUUGCAGAUAGAUUGUAACUUCCAUCAAUGUAAUUGCCUGCAUCACUUCCAAUCUCCCAUAUGUUUAUUUUUUAUUUUUCUCAAAUAUAUAUACACAUACAUAUAUAUACGCAUAUACAUACAUAUAUAUAUAUAUACAUACAUAUUCUUUAAAAAUAUAUAUAUUUCCCUUUAUUACUUUCCAACCCCACCAUCCCUUCCCUAAUUGGAGUAAACUAAUGAACAACAAUGCUUAGGCCUCUACUUCAUUGUUAUACAGUGAGGGAAAAAAGUAUUUGAUCCCCUGCUGAUUUUGUAUGUUUGCCCACUGACAAAGAAAUGAUCAGUCUAUAAUUUUAAUGGUAGGGUUUAUUUGAACAGUGAGAGACAGAAUAACAACAAAAAAAUCCAGAAAGACGCAUGUAAAAAAAAAUAUAUAAAUUGAUUUGCAUUUUAAUGAGGGAAAUAAGUAUUUGACCCCCUCUCAAUCAGAAAGAUUUCUGGCUCCCAGGUGUCUUUUAUACAGGUAACGAGCUGAGAUUAGGAGCACACUCUUAAAGGGAGUGCUCCUAAUCUCAGCUUGUUACCUGUAUAAAAGACACCUGUCCACAGAAGCAAUCAAUCAAUCAGAUUCCAAACUCUCCACCAUGGCCAAGACCAAAGAGCUCUCCAAGGAUGUCAGGGACAAGAUUGUAGACCUAUACAAGGCUGUAAUGGGCUGCAAGACCAUCGCCAAGCAGCUUGGUGAGAAGGUGACAACAGUUAGUGCGAUUAUUCCCUCGGCCUGGGGCUCCAUGCAAGAUCUCACCUCGUGGAGUUGCAAUGAUCAUGAGAACGGUGAGGAAUCAGCCCAGAACUACACGGGAGGAUCUUGUCAAUGAUCUCAAGGCAACUGGGACCAUAGUCACCAAGAAAACAAUUGGUAACACACUUCGCCGUGAAGGACUGAAAUCCUGCAGCGCCCGCAAGGUCCCCCUGCUCAAGAAAGCACAUAUACAUGCCCGUCUGAAGUUUGCCAAUGAACAUCUGAAUAAUUCAGAGGGGAACAGGGUGAAAGUGUUGUGGUCAGAUGAGACCAAAAUUGAGCUCUUUGGCAUCAACUCAACUCGCCGUGUUUAGAGGAGGAGGAAUGCUGCCUAUGACCCCAAGAACACCAUCACCACCGUCAAACAUGGAGGUGGAAACAUUAUGCUUUGGGGGUGUUUUUCUGCUAAGGGGACAGGACAACUUCACCGCAUCAAAGGGACGAUAGACGGGGCCAUGUACCGUCAAAUCUUGGGUGAGAACCUCCUUCCCUCAGCCAGGGCAUUGAAAAUGGGUCGUGGAUGGGUAUUCCAGCAUGACAAUGACCCAAAACACACGGCCAAGGCAACAAAGGAGUGGCUCAAGAAGAAGCACAUUAAGGUCCUGGAGUGGCCUAGCCAUUCUCCAGACCAUAAUCCCACAGAAAAUCUGUGGAGGGAGCUGAAGGUUCGAGUUGCCAAACGUCAGCCUCGAAACCUUAAUGACUUGGAGAAGAUCUGCAAAGAGGAGUGGGACAAAAUCCCUCCUGAGAUGUGUGCAAACCUGGUGGCCAACUACAAGAAACGUCUGACCUCUGUGAUUGCCAACAAGGGUUUUGCCACCAAGUACUAAGUCAUGUUUUGCAGAGGGGUCAAAUACUUAUUUCCCUCAUUAAAAUGCAAAUCAAUUCAUAACAUUUUUGACAUGCGUUUUUCUGGAUUUUGUUGUUGUUAUUCUGUCUCUCACUGUUCAAAUAAACCUACCAUUAAAAUUAUAGACUGAUCAUUUCUUUGUCAGUGGGCAAACGUACAAAAUCAGCAGGGGAUCAAAUACUUUUUUCCCUCACUGUACAUACUAUAUACAUUUUAUGGACACAGUCAAUAAUUAUAUUGUUUGUUUUUACUCCUGAAAUUCCUCCGAUCAUUUUCAUGAUAUCCAUCUGGUAUGCUUCUAUAUGCCGUAUCUUUCUAACUGUGCUCUUUCACAAAAGUUCACAAUAUACAGUCGUAUGAAAAAGUUUGGGCACCCCAAACAAUUUCCAUGAUUUCCAUUUAUAAAUAAUUGGGUGUUUGGAUCAGCAAUUUCAUUUUGAUCUAUAAAAUAACUGAUGGACACAGUAAUAUUUCAGUAGUGAAAUUAGGUUUAUUGGAUUAACAUAAAAUGUGCAAUAUGCAUCAAAACGAAAUUAGACGGGUGCAUAAAUUUGGGCACCCCAACAGAAAAAUCACAUCAAUAUUUAGUUGAGCCUCCUUUUGCUAAAAUAACAGCCUCUAGAUGCUUCCUAUAGCCUCUAAUGAGUGUCUGGAUUCUGGAUGAAGGUAUUUUGGACCAUUCCUCCUUACAUUUACAUUUACAUUUACUUACAAAACAUCUCCACUUCAGUUAGGUUUGAUGGUUGCCGAGCAUGGACAGGCGUUUUUUCAAAUCAUCCCACAGAUUCUCAAUGAUAUUCAGGUCUGGGGACUGGGAUGGCCAUUCCAGAACAUUGUACUUGUUCCUCUGCAUAAAUGCCCGGGUAGAUUUUGAGCAGUGUUUUGAGUUGUUGUCUUGUUGAAAUAUCCAGCCCCGGCAUAACUUCAACUUUGUGACUGAUUCUUCAACAUUAUUCCCAAGAAUCUGCUGAUAUUGAGUGGAAUCCAUGCGACCCUCAACUUUAACAAGAUUCCCAGUACCGGCACUGGCCACACAGCCCCACAGCAUGAUGGAACCCCCACCAAAUUUUACUGUGGGUAGCAAGUGUUUUUCUUGGAAUGCUGUGUUCUUUUGCCGCCAUGCAUAACGCCCCUUGUUAUGACCAAAUAACUAAAUCUUUGUUUCAUCAGUCCACAGCACCUUAUUCCAAAAUGAAGCUGGCUUGUCCAAAUGUGCGUUUGCAUACCUCAAGCGACUCUGUUUGUGGCGUGUGUGCAGAAAAGGCUUCUUCCGCAUCACUCUCCCAUACAGCUUCUUCUUGUGCAAAGUGUGCUGAAUUGUUGAACGAUGCACAGUGACACCAUCUGCAGCAAGAUUAUGUUGGAGGUCUUUGGAGGUCUUCUGUGGGCUGUUUUUGACCGUUCUCACCAUCCUUCACCUUUGCCUCUCCGAUAUUUUACUUGGCCUGCCACUUCUGGCCUUAACAAGAACUGUGCCUGUGGUCUUCCAUUUCCUCACUAUGUUCCUCACAGUGGACACUGACAGCUUACAUCUCUGCGAUAGCUUUUUGUAGCCUUCCCCUAAACCAUAAUGUUGAACAAUCUUUGUUUUCAGGUCAUUUGAGAGUUGUUUUGAGGCCCCCAUGUUGCCACUCUUCAGAGGAGAGUCAAAGAGAACAACAACUUGCAAUUGGCCACCUUAAAUACCUUUUCUCAUGAUUGGAUGCACUUGUCUAUGAAGUUCAAGGCUUAAUGAGCUCACCAAACCAAUUGUGUGUUCCAAUUAAUCAGUGCUAAGUAGUUACAGGUAUUCAGAUCAACAGAAUGACAAGGGUGCCCACAUUUUUGCAUAGCCAAUUUUUCACAUCUGAUUUAAUUUCAUACAAAUUAAUAUUGCUAUACUAAAAAUCUUUGUCUGGACAAUACCCCAGUACUCAGCUUUUAUUAGAAAAUGAAUGGCAUGCCACUGUGAUCAUUUUCUGUGACGACAGAGUAAAUUAUUAUGCAGCCUCAGAGGGGUGCCCAAACUUUUUCAUACGACUGUAUAACCUAUAUACUUAUUAUGGACACAGCAUGUCUUACACUAGUUAUCUUGUUGUUAUUAGUCCCAUCCUUCAUCUCCAUUCAACACCUCCCAUCUAUCUCUUACCACCAUCCAUAUUGGAUUUCUAUUUGACAUAUAUUUUUCAACUGUACUGUGAUGUUUUACAAAAGUUCUGAACCUUUCUAUUCUCAUUGUUUCUACAGUUUGUGAAUUGAAAAUAAACAUUUUUGCUAAAAGUAUUAUUAUAUUAUUGAUCGAUUGACUAUGACUUUUCAGAUCACCCAGUAGUGCUAUCUGCAGGGUCAGCUCCAUGCAAAUAUUGCAGUCCUUCAGCCAUUCCUGGACCUGUGUCCAGAAACAAGCUACAAAUGGACAGUACCAAAACAAAUUAUCUAAUAAUUCUGUCUCUUCACAGCCAAAUCUGCAGAGCUGGGAAGAUUGUAUCCCUCAUACAAAUAACAUUCUAUCGGCUGUCAAUCUUUUGGUCCUUAAAUGAAACUGGUAAACUUUUUUAUUUAUCACAAUUUUCUUUAACCAAUUAUGUUCUUUAAUGCAAGGCUGACAGACAAGUUCUUACUUUUUCCUCCUUCCACUUUCCUCUUCCAUUUUUGCGAUAAUGCUGCAAUUAUUUGGUUGUAAUUUUGGGUAGAGCAGACAUUUCCAUAUGUUUCUGUCAGCUGCAUGUGCGACAUAACUCCACCAUUCCUACCGAUAAUAUCAUUUACGAAGAUUAUACCUUUUUUAAACAUUUUCUCAAAAAAGAACGGUUUUUUAUCAAUUAGUAUAUUUGAGUUUAACCACAAUAUUUGUUGCAAUAUUUGUUCUGUCAUUUCUGGAGGAUUAAAUUGAAAUUGCAACCAACUUUCUAUGGCUUGUUUUAGAAAUAGUGAUAUUUGGGAGAUGAUUUCCUUUUCAAAUACCUGAAAGUGAGGGGUUGUAAUCUGAAUAAAGGGAAAAAGUCCCUUCUUGAACAUUGGGUGAGACAAUCUUACUAGUUUGCUAGAGAACCAGUUUGGAUUUAAGUAUAAUUUUUGUAUGACUGAAGCUUUUAGUGAUAGGUCUAAUGCUUUAAUAUUUAAUAAUUUCUGUCCUCCGAAUUCAUAUUCAUUAUAUAAAUAGGCCUGUUUAAUUUUGUCUGGCUUGCCGUUCCAAAUAAAAUGGAAUCUUUUUUUCUCAUAUAAUUUAAAAAACUGUUCGCUAGGCGUAGGUAAAACCAUAAGCAAAUAGGUAAACUGGGAUAAUAUUGAAGAGUUAAUCAGGGUGAUUUUUCCACAAAUUGACAGGUAUUUACCUUUCCAUGGUAGCAAGAUCUUAUCUAUUUUUGCUAACUUUCUAUUAAAAUGUAUUGGAGUGAGAUCAUUUAUUUCAUUUGGGAUAUGUAUUCCGAGUAUAUCCACAUCACCAUCAGACCAUUUUAUUCGUAAACUACAAGGUAAUGUAAAAAUUGUAUUUUUUUUGUGAUCCAAUACAUAAUAUAGUACAUUUAUCAUAAUUUGGUUGUAAUCCAGAGAGGUUUGAAAAUGUAUCUAGAUCCUCUAUGAGGCUGUGGAGGGAUUCAAGUUGUGGAUUUAAAAGAAAACAUGAAUCAUCAGCGUACAAUGACACCUUUGUUUUUAAGCCCUGGAUUUCUAAUCCCUUGAUAUUAUUGUUGGAUCUGAUUUUAAUAGCUAACAUCUCGAUGGCAAUAAUAAAUAGAUAUGCCAAUAGUGGACAACCUUGUUUCACUCCUCUUGACAGUUUAAAACUUUCUGAGAAAUAGCCAUUAUUUACUAUUUUACACCUAGGGUUACUAUACAUGAUUUUAACCCAAUUUAUAAGAGAUUGACCAAAAUUGAAAUGCUCCAGGCAUUUAUAUAUAAACCCCAGUCGUACUUUAUCAAAUGCCUUUUCGAAGUCUGCUAUGAAUAGUAGGCCUGGUUUCCCAGAUUUUCCAUAGUGUUCUAUUGUUUCCAGUACUUGCCUCAUAUUAUCUCCAAUGUAUCGCCCAUGUAAAAAACCUGUCUGAUAAGAAUGAAUAAUGUCCAACAAUACCUUUUUUUAUUCUAUGCGCUAUACAUUUUGCUAGAAUUUUGAAGUGUAAGGGGCCACCAAUUUUUUUUAAUGGACUGGAUCUUUAUAUUUUCCACUUGUAUCCUGUUUCAGUAAUAAUGAAAUCAGACCUUCUUCUUGAGUGUCUGAUAAUCUACCAUUUACAUAGGAGUGAUUAAAACAUGCUAAUAACGGUCCUCUGAGUAUAUCAAAGAAGGUUUGGUAUACCUCGACUGGUAUGCCAUCCAACCCUGGAGUUUUCCCGGAUUUAAAGUAUUUAAUUGCAUCCAGAAGUUCCUCCUCUGUAAUUUCACCUUCACAUGAGUCUUUCUGUAUGGCUGUUAAUUUGACAUUAUCAAUAGAAAAAAAAUCUCUACAAUUUGCUUCAGUUAGAGGAGAUGGAGGUGACUGAAACGAAAACAUAUGCUUAAAGUACUUUGUUUCUUCCGUCAAAAUAUAAUUUGGUGAAUCAUGGGUGACUCCGUCAUUUGUAACCAGUUUCUCUGUCUCUUAAUCACAAAUAUUGAUGUGCUAAUAGGUAUUUUCUGUCUCUAUUUCUCACAUUUAUGGGUUCACAGUGACCCUCAGCUGUAGUAAAAAGAAGAGUAACCCCCAAGAGGCAUUGCAGAUGUUGUCCUCCACUCGUCUCAGCCUGAGAAGCCUCACCAUCAAAGCCAAGGUACAGUACAAAAUACUUGGCCUUCAUGCCAACACCCCACCACAUAAUACAGAUGUAUCGGACUGCUCACAUCAAGUCAUUACUACUUCACCGACCUCGAUUGUUUUUUGCGAUAACUUAUAACCAAAUGUAGUAAUUGUAUUUCUUUACACCGUUUCUCCUCAGCAACUGCACACAUAUGUUGCUACUGGGGAGAUCCAUGGCGACCUGAGUGAUGAUGUCAAAGAGCUUGAACAGCUGAUCACGGAGCUGCAGGACCAAAGU